CGCUUUACCCCGUUUUUGGACGAAGCACGCAAUAGCUGGGUCUCGGCAAACACAUAUAAUGACAUAGGUCGGCAUUAGUUUGAUGCAAAAAUUAUCACUCUUCACUAUGCCAACCCACUGGUAUCGCACCACCAUGUUCAAUGCAUUUGUCAUUGGACUGGUUGGACUCACAAAUCCCGGCUUGUGGAAUGCUAUGAACAGUCUAGGGGCUGCUGGUCAGGCCAGUCCAUUCUUAAUCAAUGCUGCUAACGCACUUGUCUUUGGAUUGAUGGGCUUUUUUUGCUUGUUUGGGUCGGUCAUCUCUUCCAAAAUCGGACUCAAAUGGACCUUGGUACUGGGUACUAUUGGAUACCCCAUCUACUCUGCUGGUCUCUACCUUAAUAACCGCUGGGGAGUGGAAUGGCUGGUUUUAUUUGGCGCCUGUACCUGUGGUAUUAGUGCUGGUCUGUUUUGGUCUUCGGAAGGAGCCGUCGCUCUAGGCUACGCUCGACCGGAGAAGAAAGGAAAAUAUCUCAACAUUUGGCUGAUCUUCCGAACCCUCGGCCCUAUGAUCGGUGGAGCUAUGGUACUUGGAAUGAACCAUGACGCUAAUGCCAAAUCAAAGGGCAAAGUAGGUUACACUACCUACCUUAUUUUCGUUUUUCUUCAGUGCCUCGGAACGCCCAUUGCAUUGUUCCUGACGCCACCGGAAAAGGUUGAGCGUUCCGACGGUAGCAAGGUCAAGGUCUUGAAGGUGGAGAGUGCACUCGAUGAAGUCAAAGGAAUCUGGAACACCUUAAAAAAGCGUCAUGUCCUCUUACUGCUGCCUCUAUUCUGGGCUGCGUAUUUCAACCAGUACACCGGCAACUUCCAAACAUUUUAUUUCGGUGUCCGAGCUAGAGCUCUCAUUGGAUUUGUUAGCAACUUUGCAACACUGGCUGCAUCUACUAUAAUGAGUCUACUACUAGAUAGCAAACGGUUCGAGGUCAAGACUCGUAUCAAGAUUGGCUUCUACUACCUUGUGGUUAUUCAUAUUGUCGCAUGGACAUAUGGGUGGGUUAUUCAGGAGAAGUAUACCCGUACUACUCCUGUUCUAGACUGGGAAAGUCCUGGCUUCGUCGAAGGGUUCUUUGUGCUCUUACUCUGGGCAUUCGCUCAACAAUCGCUCGCUAACUGGAUGUAUUAUCUAGUCAGUACCAUGACCGACAAUAUCACCGAGCUGUCUCGUCUCACAGGCAUUCUUCGUGGUCAAGAAAGUUUCGGUCAAGCCGUUGCAUUUGGUCUUUGCACGCGAAAUUGGUAUGGCGGUCGUGUACCUUUGGCUGUCAAUACUAUCCUCCUCGGCUUAGCCAUUGUUCCUACGUACAUCGUGGUUCAGCAACAUGAGCCAAUAACGCGAGCAGAUGAUGCUGUGAACGAUGACGGAUCAGACGUCACAGUCGAAAACGUGGGUUGGGAAAAGACAACUGUUUCGGACCCUGCUAAGUUAGAACAAAACCUUGCCGAAAAGGUUUAGGCCAUUACUGCCCACGUUCUUACAUGUAACAACAUAGCAAUUUUAAUAUUCAUUUUUUUUUUGUGUCAUUUAUUAAUCAUUUUCGUGAAAAAAAAAAAUUGGAAGGUAUAAAAUGUACAUAUACAUUCACUACAUGGACAUAGUUUAGUGCAAAAGGGUGCGAGUUGCUCGUUUACGUAAAUGGAGGUGAAUGUCGAGUCGGAACACAAAGAGACAAAAAAAGAAGUUCAAAUGAUGAUGCCGAAGAAAUGGGAAGUACAGAAAUUCUCUUGGUCAUGUUUUAGAGGAGCUGGUCGGAAGGAUAAACUUAAAGGGGAGAUCAUGUAAAAUACUGCCUUGGUCUACAUGACAGUACAGCAUCCUCCACUAGCAACAGGAGCGAAUGGGUCUUCUCGCUUGUCCACAGGCCCCCAUACAGAUGGCACUAAAGGAUCCCGGCUUGCCUGGCAAUAAGAAAUCAAUCUGAAGUGAUGAUAAAUGUUAGUCUUUGAUAG